AUGCGAGAACCUCUGACUUCUCCCUCUAGGCUAGUAGGCUUCCGUAUUUCCGAACGUGUUUGCAAGCAGCAUCUACUCGAGAAGGGCAAAGUAUUUUCUUUCCUGCCAUCCUUUUGAUUUUUCUGAAAUUAUCUACGAAAUAACAUUUUCUCUCGCUGCCUGUGUAAGUUCUGUCUUAGGUGCUGUUGUUUGUGCUGUUGUCGGCAUGGCGGUGGUCAUCCGUUUACAGGGGCUCAGAAUCACUGCAGGUUCUGAGGACAUUCGCAAGUUCUUCACUGGCCUCAAAAUCCCAGAUGGUGGGGUGCACAUUAUUGGUGGGGAGCGUGAGGAGGCUUUCAUAAUUUUUGCUUCCGAUGAAGAUGCGAGGCGGGCAAUGACCCGUUCGGGGGGAUCCAUCAAAGGUUCUCCGGUUCGCUUACGGCUGAGCAGCAAGUCAGAAAUGCAGGCUGUUCUCAAGGAAAGUAUAAAACCUGAGGUGACCAAAAAGAGGUCGUCCAAGGAAGGUUUCAGAAGACCGGAAAGAGAAGGCAGGAAUGAGAAACCUAGAAAAAAAGACAAUGUGGAGAUGGGCAGUAGAUCAGUGUCGUACAGUGACACACGUAGUCUGGCCCGAAAGCCUUCCUCACAGCCAAGCAGUCAAAAUGACUUGUAUUUGCUUAUGCAAGGCAUGCCUUUCACUACGACAGAAGAGAAUGUGAGGAAAUUCUUUGACGGAUUAGUGGUGGAGGACAUUAUUAUGAUGAAAAAUGACAGCGGCCAACAAAAUGGGAAAGGAAUUGUCAAGUUUGAAACCAGACUGGAUGCUAGAGAGGGUCUGAAAAGGGAUCGGCAUUACAUUGGAACCAGGUUUGUGGAAGUCUAUGCAUGCUCAGAAGAGCAGUGGUUUGAGGCAGGUGGUGGUAUGGAACCUGGUAAAGACAGCAGUGGUACGUUUAGAAGAGGUCCAUCCUCAGCUCACACUCUGAGGUAUCCUCCAGACCGUGCCAGGUCUCGCUCACCAGUAGCCUACAGGUCAACAAAGUCCUCUUCUCCUCCCAAUGAGGAGUUCUGUGUCUUGGUGGAAAACCUCCCCUACUUAGUGGAGAAGAGAGACAUAAAGGAGCUCUUCCAUCCUGCAGACCUCAAGUAUGACCAGAUCCUUCACCUUCAUGACAGGUAUGGGAAAAAGACUAGGUCCAUAUUUGUGCUUUUCAGAAGCCUGAGGGACUACUGUGCUGCCUUGACUCUUCACAAGCAGGAAUUUCUCAACCGAUAUGUGUACAUAUCUCCUAUUUCAAAAGAGAAAAUGGUCGCCAUUCUAGAAUCUGGGGAAAAUCCAAGGGAUGGGGCACCCCCCUCUGAAAGGUCUUACAGCAGAUCUCAGGAAAGGCUUCCAAGAGAGACCGAGAAGGACUCGUAUGAAUCUGACAAGAUUUGCCUCUAUGUGCGCAAUCUGCCUUUUGACGUGCGCAAAGUUGAGAUUGUGGACUUCUUCCUUGGCUUCAGGAUCUCGGAGGAGACUGUUGUUUUGCUGCGUGACCAUAAGGGCAAUGGACUUGGAGAGGCUUUGGUGAUCUUUCAGACUGAGGAGGAGGCUAUGAGGGCGCAGUCUCUGAAUGGACAAGGGUUUCUUGGAGCAAACGUCAUCCUGAAAUGCAUUUCUCUGGCUCAGAUGCGUGAAUUUGGUGUUGGUGAACCUGCAGUGACAGAGCAGCAGAUGAUACCAAGGGAGAGAAGCUCAGAGAGGUACUCGGCCAGGAAGAGUGAGGCGAUGUCCCAUCUGUACACUGAUUACAGUGUCACCCCUGAUAUAGGCCAUCUUCCUAUGGACGACCGGCAGGUUCAUAUUCAUGGAGGCAGCAGUCUGGGUCUGGGUCUGGAUUCUCACAUGAUGGAAAUCCCUGUUCUGCUUAAUAACAGGGGCAAUGGAUCUGCUCAUGGACAUGGAGACUAUGGACCUUCUGCCCCCCAGCAGUUUGAUGGUCCAACGUGCCUGAGACUGGUUAAUCUGCCUUCGACUAUCAGAAUUGACGAAAUCUAUGACUUUUGCUAUGGAUAUCGUGUAAUUCCUGGAUCCGUCUCAUUGCAGUACAACAACAAAGGGAUUCCCAAAGGCUCAGCAACGGUUGUUUUUGAAUCUCGCUUGGAGGCGUUAACGGCAGUUGAGGAAUUGAGUGGAAGACCAAUAUGCAGCAGAAAAGUCAAACUAGUUUUUGUGUGAAAUUUGACAUUUGUCCUCCAUAUAGAACCUUUCUAGGCAUUAAAAUGUGGUGUUUUAGGAAGAACAACUUGGACAGUAUUUGGUUAGUUUGGUAGUUCCAACAGAUGGCGACUGAACAAUUUUAGAUUUUAAAAAUACUGUAUAGCUUUCUACUCAAGGUGUAAUGGACAAACCUUUUGUCCAUAUCCCCCUCCCCCCCUUUAAAGAAUAACAAAAUGAUUUAUUUGUAUUUUGCCCAUCACUUGCUCGCUAUGAAGCUUUUGUCUUUUAGUGAAAUUUGCCUGAAAUUGUAUUUUCUUUGUAACAGCUGGGUGAAGGUAAAACUUAAUUUUGCAACUAAUAUUUGUUUAAACAUGUUUAUUGCAUUAUAUAGUGUAAAAGUUGUCCAUUAAACUUAGUGGAAAUUAUUUGAUUAAAAUGCAUACAUGUUC